UGGGUUUUAUUUUUUUUAAUCAAACUGGUAUUUAGAGAACUGCCCAGUCAUUUCCUGUGGUUCUGCCUUAAAGUAGUUAGUGGGACACCCCUUUCCAGCGAGUAACGAGCGGCCAGUGAGGGAUCCAGAAUUUAUGGUCGAGGAUAUUUAGAAGAUCAGUAUCACUUGAGCGGCCAACGAGGAUAAACGGGACACUUCAGACAGCAUCAGCUCAAUCACAGCGAUGGGGAAGGAAUAUGAAAAUAUGGAAAAUCCUAUUAAAGUGAUUUCUCUGUUCUUCUUCUGCAUGACGUUUCUCCUCGGAGUUCCAGGGAAUGUCUUUGUUGUGCACAUUGCUGGAAUGAAGAUGAAGAGGACCGUUAAUACGAUUUGGUUUCUCAAUCUGGCGAUUGCAGAUCUCCUGUGCUGCUUUUCCAUACCGUUCAGGGCGGCAGACGUUCUUCUAGACAAUCGCUGGCCAUUUGGAUCUGCCAUGUGCAAGAUUCUCCCCCUUUUAAUGUUUGUCAACAUGUUUGCCAGUGUCUUCAUCUUGUGCUUGAUUAGUCUGGAUCGGUUUACCCAGGUGAUCACACCAGUUUGGGCUAAAAAUCAUCGCAGUCUGUUGUUUGCACGACUGUCCUGUGUAGCGGCCUGGAUCCUGGCUAUAGUUCUCAGUGUGCCCUUUAUUAUAUUUAGAGAAACUCAAACAGUAAAUGAAACAAUGUACUGCCUACUUUUUAAUGAUAAUAACUCUGAAACAUUUGGCAUGUUAUGUAUCAUCAGGUUUGUGUUUGUUUUUUUGAUACCUCUCAUUUGCAUCACAACAUGUUAUGGAAUCAUUGUCCGAAAGUUAGGCAGGAGUCAUUUUCACACUGGACGAGCGUUUCGCAUCAUGACGGCUGUUAUUGUGGCAUUUUUUCUGUGCUGGCUGCCGUACCACAUUGUCAUUUUGACUCGAACAAAUGGUGUUAAAGGAAGUGGCAGUGUGGCUGAGAGACUUGUUCCAUUGGUCAUCUCUUUGGCGUAUUUCAACAGCUGUCUGAACCCGGUUCUGUAUGUUUUCAUGGGGCAGGAUUUUAAGGAGAAGUUUAAGCUUUCUCUAAGACGUGCUUUUGAAAGAGCUUUCUCUGAGGAUGGGACACAAAUACCACAAUCCACCGAAGCACAAUAAAUGCACUCAUUGUUGUUUGAAAAUAACACAUUUAUUCUUCUUUUCUGAUUAAUCCAUUUUAAAUAAGAAUAUUUUUUUAUUAUUUUACUAUUUUAAACAAUUUACACAAACUCUUUUACCAUAUAAUUUCUGUUCAAAAGUGAAACAUGAUGAAACUUGGCUUAGUCUAGCGCUUUUCAAUGUCUGGUCCACUCCUCUGCUUUUCAUUUUGGUGGAUUUUGGAAUUUGGUCAUUAAUGUGAAAAAUCAUUUUCAUAUAAUGUUUAUUAGUAGUGUUUUCACUGAUGAUGUUACAUGGUCUCUAUGGUGACGUUUUAAAAAUAUAUCAUUAAAAAUGGAGAUUCUGCCCAAAAUUCUUUCAUAUAAUGCAGAUGUUUGCAUAUAUUCAGUUUUUACUGUAUUAUCAUGUGAAAACGUGAAUGCACACAGGGUGAAUGAUGUA